AGGGCGUGUUUACAUUGUAUUUUGAACACAGAGCGGCUCUGCUUCGAGCGAGGGGACAAAAUGCACUAGUUUUAGUAGUCGCAAAUUGUAGUAGCCAACUACAGUGAAACUUAGCGCUUAAAAACAUCAAAUGACACAUUGCACAUAAUAUAUGGCAUUCGUUUAUUACCGUGGACUUUACAUUAAUAUAGUGUCAUCUUUUGGUAGGGUGAUUUUAAAGGAAAUAAGAUGCCUAUUCGAGCAUAUUGUAUAAUUUGUUGUGAUUUCUUCGAUCACGUCAAAGAUGUUGCAGCUAUCCCCUGUGGACACACUUUUCACAAUGACUGCCUUACUCGCUGGUUUCAAACAGGUCCUACAAAAACAUGCCCACAAUGUCGGCAGCAGGUUAGCACCCGGCACAUUAUCACCAAGCUCUUCUUUGACAUGGGUGGAGAGGAACCGCAAUCAGCAGACCCGGAAAGCAUGGCGAAUGAGCUUAAUAAAUUGAGGGCCCUUUUGAACUCUAAAGAGAAAGAUUGUCGAAGCAAACAGAGAACAGUGGAUGAGUUGAAGGACUCUUUGGACAUGCAGAGGAAAGAAUUGGACAGUAAGAAGAAAGAGGUUUCAGAGAAGGACAUGCUGUGUUCUGCUCUCAGAAAACAAAUGACUUAUCUGGAGACUCGGCAUGAUGAUGUUCAAGCUGCCAAGGACGAGGCCCGUAGACUGAGGACAAAAGUGAAAACCUUUGAAAACCUGGAUGUUUUGUUACAGGGCCAAAGAGCAGAAGUGGAGUCCAUGAUUACAGACAUGGGUGUCAGUCCAGCUGCUGUAGAGCAGCUCUCAAUCUACUGUAUCUCUCUCAAAAAAGAGUACGAUACCUUAAAGGGAAGCUUGAAGUCUUCUAACGACGUGUCUGAACGACUUCGGAGAGAACUGCUCAGCGCCAACAACAAGUUGCAAAAAGCCUCUGCCGAAGCGAGUCAAACAAAAGAGGACAUGAAGUCUCUGCAAAAUGAUCUAGCCAAUGCUGACAAAGAGAUAUCUAGUUUGAAGAAGAAGGUUGAGUUUCUUCAAAAAUCUCUGAGCACUCCAACCAGGACAAAUGAGGUGCUCAAUCGGAUCAUUUUUGAGAGCCCUGCUCCAGUGGUGCUCAAACCCCACCUCCACCAGCCUGUUGAUGGUGAUGAAGUUGACCUCAAUUUAACCUAUGAAGUAAAUACACCAGAUGCUUCAGCCAAGAGACCAGUUAAAAUCCCAACCAAGAAGAUGCGUGUUGAUGAACCAUCAUUAGUUCCCAAACACAACGACAAGGCUUCAACAUCAAGCAAGGCCCGAGUGGAAGAUUCAGCCAUGGAUCCUUUUUUAAGGAACUCGCUCCUCUUCAGAAAAAAGACUUUUGGCAGCAUGCUGGAGCCACAGCGGACGUUUGGCAAUGUGAAAAGCGGUUAUGAUGGAUUAGGAGGUCGAACAAAAUUCAUCCAACCUUCGCCAUUGGCAGAGAUUCGCCCACUCAUUAAAAUGAGAAGGAAAAAGGUGAGCAGGCCUCCAGCCACAAAGACACCGUGCAUGACGAUGGACAGCUUCCUGGAGUGAUGAGUCACAUGAAGGAAUGCAACAAGAAGUAUAUGGCACGUGAUUUUCACCAUUCUGAACAAGUAUGAACUUUGAACAGUUUAAAAGUAGUGAGGUGACUUUACUACGUAAGAGCUUUGUUUUUAGUAAAUGUGCAUUUUUUUUGUAUGUGGAGACUAUUAGUACUAUUUAAUGAGAUCAUGUAACUGUUAAAGGUUAACUUGUCAAACCCGUUUCAGUUAACAUGUUUGAAUUUACAUAUUAGUUGUCCGGCAACUGUAAACUAAGUCCAGUAAUAAAGCUGUUAUUU